AUGGUUGACGAUGGCAAAUCUACGUCUGCAUCGGCAGAAGGGGCUGCUGAGAGCAGUAUAAGAAGCCAUGAGAAUCCAGGAGGGAACGGAGAGUCCAAGGACAAGAAAGGCACCAAUAUGACGGCAGAGGAGAAAGAAGUCUUCACUCCAACGCUCUCGCACGACGAGUGGAAGAGCUUGACCGCCGAGGCCUCGGAGCAACGACAUGCUACACCAUCUCCAAAGCCUUCUUCCAUUUCCUCAAUACGCUCUGAAAGGGAAGAUGCCAGGCCCACCCUCACCAGAACGAUCUCAGGACCGCCAUACAGCAUCUUCUCACCGAAUACGAAACUCUUCAUCGUGAUCGCCGUCUCGGUUUCCUCCCUGAUCUCCCCAUUCGGGGCCACAACAUUCUAUCCUGCACUGGACACCAUCGCCGCAGACUACCACGUCACCCCGACCCUGAUCAAUCUCUCCCUGACGACCUACAUGAUCGCCCAAGCCAUAGCCCCAGCGCUGAUAGCAGGCAUGUCUGACCAGAACGGUCGUCGACUGUCGUAUAUUGUCUGCUUCAUCAUCUUCGGCUGUGCUAACAUUGGUCUUGCACUGCAACACAACUACGCCGCUCUUCUCAUUCUUCGAAUGGUUCAGGCAUUUGGCUGCAGUGCUGCAAUUGCUCUCUCAAACGCCGUUGUGGCGGACAUCGCUACUUCUGCUGAACGUGGAAAAUACAUGGGCUAUGCCACUGCAGGCUUGCUCUUCGGUCCGGCAUUCGGCCCUACCAUCGGCGGUCUCUUCGCACAGUUCCUCGGCUGGAGAUGGACGUUCUGGUUCUUGGUCAUCUUCACGGGUGUGCUGUUGGUCGUCUUCAUUCUGCUCUUUCCAGAAACAUGCCGAAAUGUCGUUGGCAAUGGCAGCAUCCCAGCUAGAGGGGUCAAUCGAUCGAUCAUCGGCCAUCUCAGCCAGAAGAGAUGGGCAGAGCAGAACGGGACACCAUCAUCAGCAGACGACUCCACAGAGCUGAACCGUGGCAGGAAGAGAGCUUCUUUCCCAAACCCUCUGCGGACACUUCGGAUUCUUGCUGACCCGGAGAGCUGUGCCAUCUUGUUGUACAAUGGAUUCUUUUUCACCGGCAUGAUGGUUGUCACCAGCUCCGUACCCACCCUCUACGCCCAUACCUACAAUCUCAAUACACUCGAGAUAGGUCUUUGCUUCAUAUCGAUGGGCAUGGGAUCACUGACCUCGACGUUGACCAUGGGCCAUGCGGCAGACUGGAAUUUCCGUCGCCAUGCCAAACGGUUAGGCUUCGACAUCAAGAAAGGUCGACAACAAGACUUGAGUAGCUUCCCAAUCGAACGAGUCAGAUUCGAAAUCGUCUUCCCGGGUCAUCUCAUCGGAACAAUGGCAUUCGUCGUGUUUGGCUGGACUCUCGAUGCCGGAGUCUCCCUCGCAGGGCCGGAGAUAGCGCUGUUCUUCAUCGGGUUCGGAGUCAGCACAAGCUUCAACGUCACCAACACUCUCCUCAUCGACCUAUACAAGGACCAGCCGGCUACGGCGACAGCAGCCGUCAAUUUCGUCCGGUGUCUGAUGUCUGCCGGAGGAGCUGCCGCGAUCAUCCCUAUGACGCAGGCAAUGGGAAUCGGGUGGGCAUUCACGUUCAUCGCUCUGCUAUAUGUCAUCCUGCUGGGAGCGGUGUUCUGGAUGAUGGCGAAGGGUCAGACGUUGAGAGCGAAAGCGGCCGAGAAGAAGCAGAGGCAGGAGGAUAAGGCUGCAGCGGCGAAUCGGCAGACGGAGCUCGAAGAAGCGCCGGUCGUGGUCGAGGAGAAAGUGGAGAAGUGA